AAGAAAAGGAAGGCCAGUCGCCAAUGUUCCAGCUGACAGCCACCCCAGCCAGUGGCCUUUCGGAUGAGCCCGUGCACAUCCGAGCGACAGGCCUGCCUCCGUUGCAGCUGGUGACCCUCACGGCAUCUCUGAAGGAUGAGAAGGGAAACCUCUACCAGUCCAAAGCCUUCUACAGGGCUGACGAGGCUGGGGAGCUGGACCUGAAGCAGGCUCCUUCAGUGGGAGGCGACUAUGUGGGGGUCCAUCCCAUGGGCCUCUUCUGGUCUCUGAAGCCUGAGAGGCCUUUUGGGAGGCUGCUGAAGAGGGAUGUGAACAGCCCCUUUUUGGUCACUCUGGACUUAUACGACUCAGUUUGCUCCCAAGAUCCAGCCCCGGCUCAGCCCCGGGCCAGCCAGGUGGUGCAGCGCUGGUUCUGUCGCCCCGGGACGCAGCGGGUGCCCAUCCGAGAAGGCCGCGUGCGGGGAGCCCUUUUUCUCCCUCCAGGGGAAGGCCCUUUCCCAGGAAUCAUGGAUUUGUUUGGGGGUGUGGGGGGUCUAAUUGAAUUCCGAGCCAGCCUGCUGGCUGCCCAUGGCUUUGCAGUCCUGGCAUUGGCAUACUUUGCCUAUGAAGACCUGCCCAAGCUACUGCAGGAGGUGGACCUGGAAUAUUUUGAGGAAGCUGCCAACUUGCUACUAGCUCAUCCCAAGAUCCGAGGGCCAGGCAUCGGAGUGCUUUCUGUGAGCAAAGGUGCAGAGAUCGGGCUGGCCAUGGCCUGCUUCCUGAAGCAGGUGGUAGCCGCCGUCUGCAUCAACGGGCCUAAUGCCGUCUAUGACUUCCCGUUCCGGUACAGGGGUCUGGUUCUGUCACCCAUCCCCUCGUUUCUGGAGCGCAUGCAGGUGCACGUCUCCGGGGCUGUGAGCCUCCGCCACUUCAGGGGGGACCCCCGGGAGGAGCUGAAUCAGCGGAGCGUGUUUCCUGUUGAAAAGGCCCGGGGUCAGAUCCUCUUCGUUAUAGGAGAGGAUGACCAGUCGAUCAACAGCAAAGAGUAUGCUGAGCAGGCCCUGGAGCAGCUGCAGAGCCACGGGAGAAGCAAUGGAAGGAUGCUGGUCUACCCGGGGGCAGGCCACCUUCUAGAGCCGCCCUAUGCACCCCUGUGCUAUGCUUCCCGUAUUUACUCUGUUUCCGCUUCCGCUUCCGGGAAUCACCCCUUUGCCAGUUCCCGUAAUUACUCCAUUUCUCAACCCCUGCUCUGGGGAGGGGACCCUGCUGCGCAUGCGGCAGCCCAGGAGCACGCCUGGGGAGAGAUCCAGAAAUUCUUCAGGCAACACCUCACUCAAACCAGAAGCCAGCUCUGAGCAAGGGCUGAGGCUGAGAUGGAGGAGGGAGAGAAAAAGGAGGAUGAGGCAGGGAUGUGGUGAGGAGAGGGGCCCUUCAGAUUGCUCUAUAUUCACAGUCACCUUGAAUGAACUGCAAGAAAACUGGACGAAACCAAAGGUCUAGGUGCAUCUGAAGUAUUUAUGACAAAUUUGUAUGUACUUUGAAUUUUUGUAAAUUGAAUAUUAGUUUAUAUGCACCAGGAAAUGUUGCUAUUUCAAUGCAAACUGAAUAAUCUUUUGUACCCCAGUUAGGGAUACCUUGAAUCCAGGUAUUGCCAAUCUAGGUAAAUUCCCUGGAACAUCCAAGUUACUUGUAGAAAUACAUUUUCUGUUUAAACUAUUUUGAGUUGAGUUUCUGACAUUUGAUAUGCAAAGUUCUAAUAUCACUAUCAAGUGUAAUGCUUGCUAUAGAUUUCCAGUUGAUACUUUAAUUUUUUUUUUUUUAGA